AUGAAAUUGGGAAGAUACAACAAGCUUUUGACGCUCAUCACUUUGAGUAUCGCCCUACUAAACUUUUCCUAUUCUCAAGAGGAUGGUCUCAAUUCCGCCCCGUCAGAUCCCAGCGAUCAAACUUUACCAGUCGCUGGUUUUCAACCUGAGCAGGAAGUCUUGAUGUCCAAAACUCAGGAAAAGUUCGAAUUUCAGAGUGACAUAGCUCGACUCAUGAAAGUAGUUGUCUCUCAUCUCUACCAUGAUCGUGACGUAUUCUUGAGGGAAUUACUUAGUAACAGUGGUGACGCGCUGGAGAAACUGAGGUUCGCCAGUUUGACGGACCCAAAGGUGUUGGAUUCCGCCCCGGCUUUAAACAUCACUAUCGUUGCCGAUGUGCCCUCGAAAAGACUGAUCAUCAGAGACUCCGGAGUCGGUAUGACCAAAGAAGAAUUGCAGAAGAACCUUGGGACGAUCGCGCGGUCAGGAACGUCUGAAUUCCUAUCCAAGCUAGAGAAGGGGAACGAGAAGGCUUCGGGAACCAGCUCCAAUUUGAUUGGUCAAUUCGGAUUGGGCUUCUAUUCCUCCUUCUUGGUAGCCGAUCGAGUUUUAGUCUCUUCUAAGAGUAACGAAGACGACAAACAAUGGGUGUUUGAAAGUAACGCGGAUGCCGCCGAGUUUAAAAUUAGCGAAGAUCCUCGAGGCAACAACCUGGGGAGAGGUACCGAAAUCACCCUGUACAUGAAAGAUGACGCACUAGACUUCUUACAGGUCGACAAAUUGAAAGAAUUAAUUGCCACUCACUCCGAAUUCUCAACGACUGCUCCAAUUUACGUCUGGACUGAGAAAGAGAUCGAAGUCCCUGUUGAAGAGGAGCCAAAGAAAGAGGGAGAAUCAGAAGGAGAAGCCAGCGAGAAAAAGGAUGAAAAGGACGAAUCCGAAUCCGAAUCCGAAUCCGAAGACACCAAGAAAGACAAAGACGACGAUGACGACAGCGAUGAUGAAGAUGAUGUCAAAGUCGAUGACGCCGACAGCAAGGAAGACGACGCUGAGGACGAGGAAUCAAAGAAACCCAAGACAAAGACCAUCAAGAAACAUGAAUGGGAACAGGUUAACACCAAAGGUCCGAUCUGGGUUAGAGACUCCAAAUCUGUCACCGACGAGGAAUACAUCGCUUUCUACCAAGGUCUUACGGGACAAAAGGAAGCACCCACUUCCUGGGUCCACUUCAAGGGCGAUGCGGGUCGAACUUCAUUCCACGGUCUAAUCUACGUCCCAGAAACUCUCCCGGCAGACUUCUAUUCGAAAACCUACGCCCAGCUCGACUCAGUCAAACUGUUUGUUCGAAAGGUUUUGAUCACCAAAGAGCCCAGUCCAGAUUUCAUUCCCAAAUGGCUGAACUGGAUCAAGGUGAUCGUGGAUGCCGAUGACCUACCUCUCAAUGUUGGACGAGACAGUCUCCAAGUCACCAAAUCGUUGAAGCAAAUCCAAAACAUCGUCCUCAAAAAAUUCAUCGACCACCUAUCCAGCCUUUCGAAGAAAGAACCCGAGAAAUACGAAAAACUAUGGAAGAAGAUCGGAACUACCUUGAAAGUCGGAGUGAUCGAAGAUACGAAGAAUCGAGAUAAAUUAGCUAAACUCAUGAAGUUCCAAUCCUCCCAAUCGGCUACAGGUACCGUCAGUCUAGAAGAAUACGUAGCUCGCCGGAAGAAAAACCAAAAACAAAUUUACUUCAUCGCGAGUGCAGGAACGGAAGUCAAGGAUUUGAGCAGGAGUCCAUUUGUGGAGAAGCUAGUAGCUAGAGGAUACGAGGUCUUGUACUUGACCGAACCUAUGGAUGAGAUGAUCACUUCCACUUUGACGAACUUUGAUGGACUGAAAUUCCAAGAUGUCGCCAAGAAAGGCUUGGAGAUGGGUGAUGAGGAUGAAGACGAAGAUGAGAAGGAAGCUUUGAAAAACUACAAGACUCAAUAUGAGCCCUUGUCGAAACGCAUGAAGACGGAACUGGACGAAUUUGUAAGCGAUGUGGUCAUCUCAAAUCGUCUGACGACUUCUCCAUGUGCUGUCGUUGCGGACUCGUAUGCAUGGACUGGAAACAUGGAACGAUUGAUGGCAGCCCAGAACCAGCAAAAAGGAGCAGACGGCUCGAACUUCAUGAUGGACUUCAUCAAGAAAGCCAAGAAGGUCUUCGAAAUCAACCCCAAGCACCCUUUGAUCCAAGGGUUAUUGACGAAAGUCGAGGAGGCUGGUGAAGAUGACGAAACGGCCAAGGAAGAGUUGACGCAGGUGAUCCGAGUCCUGUGGGACACCAGCUUGGUCCGCUCGGGCUUCACCGUACCGGACACCAACAAAUAUUUCGAGCAGAUCGAGCUCUUGUUGAGAAGGUCACUCGGUGUCGACGAGAGUGAGAAGAUCGAUAUUGGUGAAAUCAAGCCGGCGCCGGCUGUCGAAGAAGGACCGCUUGACCCACGAGCGGGCGAGAAGGAGCCAGCUUCUGACGACAAGCCUGCGGGAGAAGACGAGAAAAUCCAGAUCAACUCGGACGGAACAACCCAGAAGACCGACGAAAGCAAGCAAGAUUGGGCUGAAUGGUCCAAAGUCAAGGAUCAGCUGAAAGAAAAAGCGAUCAAAGACGACCAGGAGGAGCAAAAGAAGUCGGAGAAAGAAGCUGAGCAGGAUAAGUCUGACUCUUCUGAAGACGUUCAGCUGGAGGCCGAAGAUGACGAUGCAGAGGAUGGCGAAGGUCUGGACGACGACGCUGAUGAUGAUUUCGACUUUAGUAAGCUCGGUGACAUGAAGGACUUCGAUAUGGAGAAGAUGAAAGAGAUGAUGAAGGAUUUCGGCGGCUUCAAGGAUGAAUUGUAA